AUGAAGCAGCCUCAAGGCUUUGUUGAUCCUACAUAUCCUGAUUUUAUCUGUAAACUUCAGAAGUCCCUAUAUGGCUUAAAACAAGCUCCUCGUGCAUGGAAUGCCAAAUUUACAGGAUAUUUACCUACUCUGGGGUUCACAGUGUCUCCUUCUGAUCCAAGCCUUUUUAUCAAGAAAACUUCUUCUGAUAUUCUUAUUCUUUUAUUGUACGUUGAUGACAUCAUCCUCACAGGAUCUAAUCCUGCCCUUGUCAACUCUGUUAUUCGUGAUCUUGGGGAAGUAUUCGAACUCAAGGAUAUGGGUCAGCUGAAAUAUUUUCUUGGUCUUGAGAUUCACUAUCAGGCUAAUGGCAAUAUGUUUGUCAAUCAAGCUAAGUAUGCUAAGGAUUUAAUCAAGAAGGCUGCCAUGGAUACGUGUAAACCUUGUAGUACACCCUCCAAACCUCAUCAGCAAGCUUUGACAACUGAUGGUCUUGCUCUUAGUGAUCCUACAUUGUAUCGCAAAUUCUUCGGUAUCUGCAAGGUACUCUGCAGCAUGGGAUCGUUUUAUCUCCUGGCACUAUGCUUCUCUCCGGCUAUUGUGAUGCCGACAAAACCUCAUCAGCAAGCUUUAACAACUGAUGGUCUUGCUCUUAGUGAUCCUACAUUGUAUCGCAGUAUUGUCGGGGCCCUACAAUAUUUAACCUUCACUCGUCUAGACAUAGCCUUUGCAGUUAAUACCGUCUGUCAGUUCAUGCAUAAUCCCACUGAUGUUCAUUUUGGUUUUGUCAAAAGAAUUCUUCGGUAUCUGCAAGGUACUCUGCAGCAUGGGAUCGUUUUAUCUCCUGGCACUAUGCUUCUCUCCGGCUAUUGUGAUGCCGACUGGGCUGGUGACCCAAACACUUGUCGAUCCACCACUGGUUAUGCAGUUUUUCUUGGCCAUAAUCCAAUCUCUUGGGCUUCUAAAAAGCAAGCUUCAGUUUCCCGAAGCUCCACAGAGGCUGAAUAUCGAGCUCUUGCUCAUUGUGCUGCAGAGGUUUCAUGGAUUAGACAGCUGUUAUGCGAUUUACAUAUGGUUAUUCCUGAAGCUCCAAUUUUACACAGUGAUAACUUGUCUGCUUUAGCACUAAGUGCUAAUCCGGUACUUCAUUCUCGUAUCAAGCAUAUGGAUAUCGAUUUCCACUUCAUUCGGGAGAAAGUUCAAAACAAAGAUCUCAUUGUUCAAUAUGUUUCUACUGAUGAGCAAGUGGCUGAUAUUCUUACCAAGGGUCUUCAUAGUCCCCUGUUUGUCAAACACUGUGGCAAUCUCAGUCUUAGCUCACCCCCAGCUGAGAUUGAGGGGGGAUGA